AUGCGGCGCUCAGGAGCUCCCAGUCAACUUUUUGGCAAUGCAAUGAAAAAACCUCGAUUUGUACCACCUGGGGCAUCUGGUUCAUGUUUUGUGCCUGAACCGAAGCCUCUGACGCCGAAAUCUGUUCCAUGCAACGCGCUGGAUAAGAUCCAGAGGAACAUUUCAACACCAGUUGUGAGUAAAUCAACUUUUAAUGUCCAGACCAAAACAAGCCAGCCUGCUCCAGCUGUUUCCAACGUCCUGGCUCGAGUUCUCGGCGCUACAGAUAGUAAAGAAAACGAAGCUGAGACGAAGUAUCAAAACUCUGAAUCAGAAGAUCGCACAGAGAGCAAAAAUGCAGCAGGAGUAAAUGAAAGUCCUCAGUGGGAUCCUGGUUCUCCUCGGACCCCUCUGCCUUCUGCAGGGUCAGAACGAGUCUGUGAAGCUUCAGGCCCAGCCCCUGGCUGUGUUCAGGAUGGCGUGCGUUACUUCAGUGUGGUGUGGUGUAAAGCCAGUAAGAAGAAACAUAAGCGCUGGGAGGGGGAUGCAGUGCUGGUCACAAGAGGACGCUCGGUCGUACUCAAAGACAUGGAAGGGAAGAAUAUUGGAACGGGCAGUGGCUACAAGAUGUCACAGCUGGCCUCGCUGUCUGAAGGAGAAACACUGAUGAUUGGAGGAAAAGAGGUAGAGGUGAUGGGAAUCAUUUCUGCUGAGGACUUUGCUAAAGGCCGAUGUUUCCAGGAUGUCCAAAUAGAUCAAGUGGAGUCGUGCACAAAGUCCGCUCCGCCGCCUUCUCAUCGCUUGGCUUCUAAACCUUUCAGUCCACCUACAAUGUUGGGCAGAGCAGGGCAUCCAGAAACAAAAGCAGAAGAGGAACAAGUCUACAAUCCUCGUCACAACCCACAAGCUCCAGGUGCACUAGUGAUGCCUCACCCCUCUUCCAACCACCAGUGGCUUUAUAAUAAAUCAGGGCUUCCUGUGGUUGACGUUGUGGUUGAUCCACACCUGACCACACAUCUGCGGCCUCACCAAAGAGAAGGCAUCCUUUUCCUCUACGAGUGUGUUAUGGGCUUGAGAGCCGUGGGUCGUUAUGGCGCCAUCCUGGCUGAUGAGAUGGGACUGGGAAAGACUCUCCAGAGUGUGGCAUUGUCCUGGACGUUGCUCAAACAGGGGCCUUACGGUGGGAAACCAGUGACAAAACGCGUCCUUGUGGUUACACCUGGCAGCCUUGUGCAGAACUGGAAAGCUGAGUUCACCAAGUGGCUGGGACGUGAGAGGAUCAGUGUUUUUACUGUGGAUCAGGAUCACAGAAUAGAGCAGUUUGUGUUGUCCCCUCUACACAACGUGCUUGUGAUCAGCUAUGAAAUGCUGCUGCGCUGCCUGGAGCAGGUACGACAUGUUCACCUUCUUGUUACAGGAGUUAAGUGCACCCUCGAGGAGCGGAUAUUUCAGAGGCAGGUGUCCAAACAGGGCCUGUCAGGGACUGUUGUUGACCUGGGGAAAGGAGCAGAGCACACAAGUUUCUCCACAAAUGAACUCCAAGAUCUGUUCAGCCUGACAGACACUCCGUGCUUGACUCACGACCUGCUGAACUGCGGCUGCAACAUGGACGGUUCUGUCAGCGAAGUGGUGGUGGAAGAGGUGGAGCAGGUUUCUCACAGACCUUGCCAGCUCGGUCGUCAAGGGGACCGCAAGGAGGCAGCUCAGAAGCAUCUGAGCAUGUCUGAGCUCAUGCAGUGGAGACACUUUUCUGGAGACACACACACCUUCUCAGACCCUUACCUGGAUCACGCUCGAAGCCACAUCACCUUCGCUUUCCAGACCACCAUCUCUCACACAGAUCAGUAA